AUGGGGAGAGAGAGACAAGAGGGGAUUUUUGCGUCGAAGAAAAGAACAUGGAACGUAAAACUGCCGCCAAAGAAUGGAAGAAAAAAGGCCGUCAAGGGAAUGCCACGUCGACCAAUGACAAGGCGAGUAAUGAAGGCGGCUCGCACGUUUGUGGUCGAACCACCCAAUUGGCGCCACGUAGCAGACAAGAUUAACCGACCCUCCAACGACAGUCAAGUAGGGAUUCUGCGCACCAAUGGAAGCAAGAGUUGCAUAGAGAAAGAAAGGGAAGCACUUUUGGAGAUGGAGAAAGGGCUUGUGGAUGACAACCAAACAGGCCAUGUUGUGAAGCUGGAUCUCCGUGCUCGUGACUAUGAUAAACCUUUGAAAGGUCCUUCUUUUCCAAAAUGGCUUCAAACACAAAAGGCCCUCUCCAGUCUUGAUGUUUCUGAUGCUGGCAUAUCAGACACAGCAACAAUGGCCUCUUUCCUUUGCUCUGCCAAGAAAAGUUUAACCUUUUUGGACAUGUCAAGCAAUCACUUCAAAGGACAACUUCCAGAUUGUUUGAAUGGCUCAAAUUCAAUAAGAAUCAUCGAUUUCAGCAACAACAAAUUCUCUGAAAACAUUCCUACCUCUAUGGGUUCCUUACUUUUGGUCCGCCACUUAAUAUUACGCAACAAUCACUUCACAGGCCAACUCCCAUCCUUGAAGAAUUGCACUGACUUGGUGAUGUUGGAUGUGGGGAGAAAUGAAUUGGCAGGACCCAUACCUUCAUGGAUAUUAGGAUCUAACUUUCCUAAGUCGCAAGUUCUUAGCUUGACAAUGAACAACUUUCAUGGAAGUUUGCCAUCCCAUCUUUGUCAUUUGUCAACCAUUCAAAUUUUAGAUCUUUCAAUGAAUAACUUGUUUGGACAUAUACCCAAAUGCCUCCAAAACUUCACUACGAUGACUCAUAAACCUAGCAUCUAUGAUACCAUUAAUCAAUUCUUUAUCUUUAAGAAUAAUUCCCCCUCUUAUUGGAUAGUUGAAUAUGACUUUUAUCCCACAGUGAGAUGGAAGGGGAAAGAAUUGUCAUUUAAGGACAACAAAAGACUUCUGAGGUUGAUUGACCUAUCUGAAAAUCAACUAUCUGACAAGAUUCCAGAAGAAAUUGGGAGCCUCUCAGAACUAGUUUCUUUAGAUUUAUCAAAUAACAAUUUAAGUGGUGAAAUCCCUUGGGAGCUGGGAAAGUUGCAUGCCCUUGAUUUUCUUGAUUUAUCAACAAAUCGUUUUUCUGGAAAAAUCCCUUCAAGUCUGUCUCAAAUUGAUAGGCUCGCUGUUUUGAACUUAUCCCAUAAUAAUUUAUCUGGAAAAAUUCCAUUAGGAACGCAACUCCAAGGCUUCAAUGCAUCUGUAUAUGAGGGAAACCCCUAUCUCUGUGGGAGUCCACUUGAAAGGCUUUGUCCUGAUGAAAACAGAAAACCAGAAGGCUCAUUUACAAUUGAGAAGCAUGAUGAUGAUUCAAUUUUCAGCCAAGGCUUCUACAUAAGUAUGGGUUUGGGAUUUGCUACUGGAUUUUGGGCCAUCUUUGGCCCAUUGCUUCUCUUCCCCACUUGGAGGCAUGCUUGCUUCAUCUUCCUGCAUAAUCUAUGUGACAAGAUCUUUGUGCUCACAGUAACCAACAUAUCAAGAUGUCGCAGGUUCUUUGAAAAGUAA